GAACUUUUCGAGGCGGAGUGUUUGGAAUGGGACGGUGCUUCAAGCUAUUCAAUCAAUGAUGUUCCUCAACUAUCAUAAAUUCCUCACUACGAGUUUCCGUAAUUACAAUGCCAAGAAACUGCUUCCGAGGUACGAUAUAGUAAUUGUCGGUGGUGGGAUGGUUGGAUUUGGUUUGGCUGCCGUUGCAGCGGCCUCCAAAUUUCUCGGCAAGAAAAAUAUUUUAUUACUAGAAAGUUCUGGUAAAAAAACGUAUCAACGUAAAGAAGAAUAUGAAAAUCGUGUUGUUGCUCUUAACGACCUUUCGGUAAACAUGCUGAAAAAUAUUGGUGUUUGGGAAUUUAUUCAGUCAUUCCGUUCUCAGCCUGUAAAUAAAAUGAAAGUAUGGGAAACAAAGUCAAACCUUUACUUAACAUUUCAACGUGAUCCCUUGGCAUAUAUAGUAGAAAAUGAUUUGGUUAUUGAGUCACUUCGUAAUCAUCUGGAAUCGAUUAGUAAUUCUUCAAAUGUGACAAUAGUAUAUGAAGCACAAGCUGAAAACAUUCAACUACCUUCUCGAGACCAACCAGAACAUUUAGUUCGAUUAGACGUUCAACAAAGGACACAGAAUAAACGGGAAACUGUUGAAACAGAUCUACUUGUUGGUGCUGAUGGGUUCAAUUCACUUGUCCGUAAAACAGCUAAUAUUCAUACAAUUGGUUGGAAUCAUAAUCAAAAAGCAAUUGUAGCAACUUUAAAAUUGGAACAGGCUAAUAAUGAGUCUAUCGCUUGGCAAAGGUUUCUACCAACAGGCCCAAUUGCAUUACUCCCAUUAUCGAAAGAAUAUACAUCAUUGGUAUGGAGUACAACUUCGUCCGAAGCUGAUCGUCUCAUGAAUUUAAAAGAUUCAUAUUUUAUUCAAGAGUUGAAUGACUGUUUGACUAAACCUAGUGAAUCGAUGUCACAAAUUGGUACAGUUCUCAGUAACGUGGGACAAUGUUUUGCUAGUGUUGUUGAUUACUUUGGUAAUCAAAUAAAAUCUACAGACAAUGAAAGUGAAUCCAGCUCAUUUUCAACACCAUCAGUAGCAUCAAUCCAACCAAAUACGAAAAGGGCUUGUUUCCCUCUAGGUUUUCAACAUGCAACAUUUUGUUCAGCUACUCGUGUAGCACUAGUGGGUGAUUCUGCUCAUCGAAUACUACCACUUGCUGGUCAAGGUGUUAAUCUUGGUUUCGGCGAUGUUGUUUCACUGGUUAGACAUUUAGAAGAAACUGUUUUUCAUGGAGCUAAUAUUGGAAGUUUAGCUUAUCUUAAAGAUUAUACAAAUGAACGACAAAGAAUUAUAGUACCAUUAGCUGGUACAUUAGAAUUAAUUAAUUUAUUAUAUUCUACUGAUGUAUAUUGUAAACAAAAUGUCAAUGAAUCAUCUAUUUGCCAUAAUUCUCAAAUAUCAUAUUUAAUAAAUAAGUUUAUCACAAAUAUUCGUGGAACUGGAAUGAGUACUAUUCAAUCUAGUCAAGUAUUAAAGGUCAGUUAAUUUCAUAGGGUCAUUAUUUUAUAAUUAACAACUUUGUAUAUACAUAUUAACGAAUUCUUUCUUCCUAAUUCAAUUUGAAGUGUUAAUUAGUCGUAGAGAAAAGUUGACCCCCAAUUUACUCUUAUCUAAUUAUUGCUUUGAGAAUUAACACAAAAAAUGUUUAUACAUUUUUGUUCAUUUUUAACCUAAUUAGUCAAUCAGUCACCUGAACAACUGCCAAAAGCUCCUAGAUCUUUAAGAUCAUCAGUUACCAUAAAAAUAGCUGCAAUUUUCAAAUUAAAUCAACAUUGAAAAUAAAGUCUCCAGUGUAUUUACUCACUCUGUGCUUUUGAGACACAGAUUUCUGUGAGCUAAGAAACUGCCUACAAAGUCAAUGCCUCAGGCAUAAAUAAAAUUUAUGAAUAACUAUGGCAUAGAUACAUCCACCGCUAAUCUUACAAAUUUUAAACAUUUAGUCACCUGAUAUUUUUCUUCACGUGGUGCUUUCUAUGAAACUGCUGCACAAUAAUGUAGAAACUUUUCGGUAAAUCUUAUUCAAAUAUAUCGAAAUUCCUAAUUAAAUUAAUAAACUCACAUAACUCUAAUAGAUUGUUUUUACUCAAUCAUUAAAAAUAUCUAAUGCUAUACUGUACAGCUAUCGCUUUGGUUUGACUCAAUAUCAUUAGUUUUGUGAAUUGGUUGGUAUAGUUUAAUUAGCAUUUAUCUGUUCAUUUAGUCUAUAGCUAUCUACAAAUAUCUUCUAUGGACACGCUACGGUAGCGCAUCUCAAACACCUUCUUUAUACACCACUCGUCCACUAAGUGGGCGAAAAAAUCUCCCACAAAUCGAACAUUGAAAUAUAGACGCGCUACAAGUUAAUGGACAUGCAUCGUUUUUUCUUUUAAUGUUGUCUGACAUUAGUUAGCAACGUGUGUAUGUAGUAAUGAGGAAGCCACACAACGGAUUAUAUCAACAUUAAAAUCUAGCAGUAAUAAAUUAGUUGAUAAUAAGCUAUUAGAUCUAAAUAAGUUCUUCUUUUUGAAUGUAACUAAUUCCAUUAAUAAUUUAAUCCGUUACAUACAAACAAGAUAUUACUUUGAAUUAAUAAUCAGUAACAGUUUAUUAGUGCUGAACGGUAACCAAAGCCUAAUAAUUUUUACACACUUAACCCAACAGGUUUUCGCGAUAAACUGCUAAUACAAAGCUUUUAAUGUGAUUGAUAGCAUUUAUUUGGGGAUUCUGUGGCCUCAAGGGGAAUAUUUCCUUUCCGCUGUCACAGACACUGACUAUUAAUGCAUUAGAAUAUAAGUAUGUUUCUUAUUUGUUUCAGUCUAAUAAAAAGCAAAUCUUUCCGUAUAGAUUUCUAUUUAGUAUUUCAUUUGAUACCCAUAUCUGAAUCGCAUUAAAUAUUCCCGAGAAGUGCAAAACAUUUUAGAUAACAUAAUUCAGUGAGUCGUUUACAGCAACUUACAUCGCUAGCCAGAAAAAUAUUUAGCAAGAAGGAAAAGCUAAGAUUGAUGAAAAUAAAAAAUCACACUCAUACAUGUAGUUACUGAUUGGGAUGUGUAGGAAAGUGCACAUCUUCCCCAAAUUUAUGACAUGACAAAAACUAGUCAUCCCAGUCAGUAUAUAUUUUUUGCAAACUUUAAAUAUUUUUACCGUACUUUACUUCGAAUUUCCCAGAUAAUAGGGACGCAAUACUAUACCUUUCUUGUGUUAUAGUAGAUACAGAACUAAUUGCCCUUAAUGAUUAUAUAACGUUUAGUGUUUUAGUGUACACACUUCGCUGCCUUUCUUUUUUGCAGGAAUUUUUGAUGGGAGUCGCUGUCACUGGACAAAUCGGAACAUCACAAUCAAAAUCCACUUAUUGCUUGUAGUUGGAUUAUUUCUGUAAUUUGUUUAUACUAGAAAUAAUAUACUCCAGUUGAUUUUAUAAGGUUGAAUGUAAAGCAUAGGAAAAACGUAUUUUGAGCAAACGGCAGCUCAUUUGGGUUGCAUUACAUAUAUAUCAUAUUAUAGCUUCGGAAAGAGUCCAUGGAACCUGCUAAGAAUAAAUAUUCAUAAAUACACGAUUAGUUGGGUCUAUCCAUGGUGUUAGGAUGUUGAAACAUUUUUAGAUAUGUAUUGAACUCAGUUGUCUAGUUCUUCAAUACGUUGGUAAUUUCGUUAAUUCAAUUUAGGACCGUCCGUACGAUAAUAUCCCUGAUUAAGUAUGUACGCUAUUAGUUUCAUAACCAUUUCUGUAAAGCCAGCAAACAAAAAUUCUUACAUAAGACACAAGUAUCUCUUCAAGUAUAAACUCAAUGUCUACUUGAUAUUAGUUCAAACUGACAUCACGAAUGGAUCAAUGUUUGACUACCAUGGAAAACCUGGGAGCACUGGACGGUGGCUUCAUCCUAGUAUGGGGCUCAGAAGCGCGCAUCUACGAUACCGUACGCGGGAUUCGAACCUAGAAUUUUCGGUCUUGCGCGCGAAUACUUAACCUUUAGACCACUGAGCCGGUAUCCAACAGUGUUGACACCUAACUUCAAUGAAUCUACAAUAUCGCGCGACCGUCGACUAUUGUCUUCAGUAAGUAACUACUACGCAACAGACACUGCUGAACUCCACUGGCCACAGCUUCUUACUAGAACUCCAGAAAUUUCAUCUUGAUUUAUUCACGAUAUCAAUUUAAACUCAACAAUCUCCACAACUCUAUACUGGUUGUUUACUUCAUACUUGAAAUUUAUUUUGUCAAAGCCGUUCUAGAAAGUUAGUCUCCCACUAUAUUACGCAACAUUUUGUAUCAAACAUUUUUCUGAAAACAUAAAAUUACACAUGUAAUUAGAAUUAGCUACUUCCCUUCCGCCCUUAAAGUAUGAGGUCCGUUUAAUGAGAUAAAUAUCUUUUUUGCUGUGUUAAAUGGAAAUCCUCUAUAAGUGAUAGGCAGGCGGUCUACCCCUACAUUCAUUUACCAAAGUUUAUUUUUGUAGCAAAGUACUUUAACAGUGUACUAUUACUAAGAUAGCCUCAGUGUUCAAUGUUGAUCGAAUUCCAUCGACCACGUUGCAAUAUGACCAACAUCCUAAAUAAUUUGACAUCCUGUGCACUACCUGAUUUUAAGCAGUUGGAAGCAACCAACAUAAAACAUUGCUCGGGGCAUCUUUCUGAUGCGCGUCUUACAACAAGGAUAAUUCACUUUGUAUUUUGGAACCACGUAACUGCUGGAGUAUUCAGGCUUUAUCUAGCACUGCAAUAGUGCACGCAAGGUUCAGUGACUUGGACCAGUGAUCGCGUCGCAGCAUAUGACUAAACAUACAUGAAAUAAAUCUGCAUUAAACGUCGGACUUGAACUGAAUAGCUCAGUGUCGACUUUGAAACUUGGUUAUCUAUGUUAGAAUGCCUCAAAUAGUAUCCAACCUACAAAUAUGAGAUGUUCUUAUGGAGACCCUUUCCCCUGAGAUUUCAGAUAAUUACAAACAGAGGAUUUGGUCCUACUACAUCCACAAAUUCACAAGAUAAGGGCAUUAUUUUAUAACUACGGAUCACGGAAGAACCGCGUGUCCACAAACUGAUAUAAAGUCUAGUGAAUCUUCAAAGUGAAACCAUCACAUAUACAUACCCAGACCUCAAAUAUGCACGAAACACUUUUGACUCGAAAUUUUAUACUCACUAGAAUGGCUUGUAAUGAUGUAAUAUGGCUCAUUAGUAAGUCACAGUAUCCUAACCGGAUGAGUUGGACUGUGUCCUAACGAAGGACAAGACGAAUAAAUACUCCGAAAGAUUUCAAGAUUACAACCCCUGAAGUUGUUUACAUCUCUAGCAGUUCAACCAUUACGAAAGCAGUGAAAUCAAAGAAUCUUUGUAAUUAUGUCGCAUGUGGACACCCAACCGUUGCUGCUACCUUGAUGUGG